AUGAAAAGCAUCAUGUGCUGCUCGGCUACUUAUUCAAAGAAGCCCAUUGAGGAUCUGAAAGUUAUUAUGCAUCUUGCAAUACCACUCCUCCUCCUAUUGGAAGCAACUAAUGCUCAGUUCCCACGACAAUGUGCUACAGUGGAUGUGCUGAUCCAAGGCGAAUGUUGCCCAGACCUGUCUCCUGGAGUGGUUCCUGGUUCUGAUCGCUGUGGCUCAUCUUCUGGAAGAGGCCAGUGCGUACAAGUAAUAGCAGAUUCCCGACCCCAUGGACCUCAAUAUAUGCAUGAUGGUCGAGAUGACCGCGAGCAGUGGCCUCUUCGUUUCUUCAAUCGAACUUGUCGGUGCAACCACAAUUAUUAUGGUUACAACUGUGGCUCAUGUCAACCUGGCUGGACUGGCCCCACCUGUGACCGGAAGAUUAAUAUAGUUAGACGAAAUCUUCUGGAUUUUAGUAGUGAAGAAAAGAGUGAGUUUCUAAGAGUCUUACAACAAGCCAAAACUACAACCCACCCUGACUUUAUGAUCGCAACCAGGAGACGUGAGGAGAUCUUGGGUCCUGAUGGCAACACUCCACAAUUUGAAAAUGUGUCCAUUUAUAACUAUUUUGUGUGGUCUCAUUAUUACUCGGUCAGAAAAACUUAUCUUGGGCCUGGACAGCGAAGUUUUGCUGGAGUAGAUUUCUCCCAUGAAGGACCAGCAUUUCUCACCUGGCACAGAUAUCACCUGCUACAACUGGAGAGAGAUAUUCAGGAUAUGCUACAGGAUCCUUCUUUUGCCCUCCCUUAUUGGAACUUUGCCACAGGUAGAAACAACUGUGACAUCUGUACAGAUGAUCUCAUGGGAUCCAGAAGCAGCUUUGAAGACUCUCUUCUCAGCCCCAAUUCAAUCUUCUCACAGUGGCGCAUCUUGUGUGAGGCUAUUGAAGACUACGACACAUUGGGAACCAUUUGCAACAGCACAGAAGGUGGUCCAAUUAGACGAAAUCCAGCCGGAAAUGUCGCCCGUCCCAUGGUGCAGCGACUCCCAGAGCCUGAGGAUGUUGCUCUUUGCUUAGAAGUUGGAUUAUUUGACACACCUCCAUUCUACUCCAAUUCAGCAGACAGUUUCCGUAACACAGUAGAAGGCUACAGCAAUCCUUCAGGAAAGUACGAUCCGGCAGUGCGAAGCCUUCACAACCUGGCUCAUCUGUUUUUGAAUGGAACUGGAGGGCAAACUCAUUUAUCCCCAAAUGAUCCCAUUUUCGUGCUCCUCCACACGUUUACAGAUGCUGUUUUUGAUGAAUGGCUGAGAAGGCAUAACCCUGAUAACUCAACAUACCCAUUAGAAAAUGCCCCCAUUGGACACAACAGACAGUACAAUAUGGUACCAUUUUGGCCCCCUGUAACCAAUGAUGAGAUGUUUGUUACAGCACCAGAAAACCUGGGCUACAGUUAUGAAGUUCAGUGGCCAUCUCCAGCUCUCCACGUGACUGAAAUCAUAACGAUUGCAAUAGUUGCUGCUUUGAUCCUGGUUGCAAUUAUAUUCGCUGCAGCCUCUUGUAUUGUGUAUUCCAAGAGACAGGAAGAGCACCAGCCACUUCUCACCGACCACCAUCUGACCUAUUCAGAUGAUUAUGACAGCAUUCCAACCCCAAGGCAGUCAAAUGUGUGAAGAUAAGUGACUUAUCUGCAUUUGAUGGCUUCUAUUGUGUCUGCUCCAUGCUUGCAGGAAAGGCCAUUUCAGAGUGAGAAAAAUCUUCCUUUAUCUAAUAUUUAUCUCCAAUCCAUAUUCUUUCUUAGACUGGUUCAAUAUUUCUACUGAUUUCACCCACUUCACUUCUAUUCUAUCUACAGUAUGUUCACAAUAUAAAAGACUAACAAUGAAUAUUUUACAGAAGUUAAAGUAAUUAGUAAAUAUGUAUUAACUGCUUUUAUAUGGAAGAUGGUGCAAAAAUUAUGUUUAUGCUAAUCUUGUUUUGAGAGCCAGUUUGAUGUAGUGGUGAAAGCAUCUGGUUAGAAGUCAGGAGAUCAUCAGUUCUAAUCUCAAAUUAGGCAUUAAGUUAGCUGGGUGACCUUGGGCCAGUCACUCUCUCUUAGCCCUAGUAAAAAGGUAAUGGCAAACCACUUCUGAAAACUUUGCCAAGAAAACUUCAGAGACUAAUUCAGGCAGUCUCCGAAUUGGAUACAAUUGAACAGAAGGAAACAAAUCUUGAAAAAAGAUGUCACAAAACACUACUAGCACCAAAGAAACAGCUGUCCUGUUUUCUUAGGAUUCAGUCACCAGCUAGAUUGUUUCUGUGCACCUCAAUAUCAAGCUAAUUCUAGUAUCUCAGCAGCCUAUAGUGAUGUGUUUUUCUGUAACUAAGUUUACAUUGAGGCAUGCCCAAAUAAGGCUCUGGACAUUGUUUGGAAAAAUUCCCUCAAAGAGAUAUUAAUAACUCUUGAAUCCCAAAGAUCCAUCCAUAUCAAUCCAUCCAGGUUGGGCAUUUGUCCAAUCCACUGAUGAUAUCAGAGAAGAUCCUCCCAACCUCCUCAGGCUGAACAAGAUCCUUUUGCAAGAGGUUACCUCACUCAUCAUGCUAGAUCACACCCAACUGGCAUUCAAUCCAACCAAACACAAAUGACUAAAUCUGACAAGGAACUGGCAGACAUUA